AUGUCCGCGCUACUGGAGCAUGAGACUGCGGAUAAAAAACGGUUUGCUCAGCUCGAUUUGAACGGUAUUCCGUCGAAGAAGCCCCGGCCACAAGGUACCCCAGAUUGGAGCUCUUGUUAUGAUCAUCGCAACUCCGCUGUGGUGAUAAAAACGCCGGAAAUUCCGCUGGAAUCCGAGCUAGGAAAGAACGAUCAACCGAAGCCUCGAAGGCUGAAAUCGUGCACGCGUUGCCGGAAACACAAAGUGAAGUGUGACUUCAUCCAGACGGAGCCAAACCCCUGUACGUGUUGUGUGAAGAAAGGGGUAGUUUGCGAGCUGGAGGUUAUCAUUCCGGUCAGACGAUCAAAUUUGAUUAAGGACAUGAGGACGUGUGUUUUGGAACUAAAAAUGAAGGUUGCCGAGCUAGUUAAGGCAGAUAAGUCUCUGAGGGAGAUGUGCACUAGAAAAGGACUCGUGAUCGAGGGGGUAGUCGAUGUGGGAAGUCUGGAACACGCGCCAGAGUAUUCAGAAUAUGAGGAAGAAGAAGAGGAGCUUGAAGAAUAUGAUAAUGCGAAGUUGAACGCGCCUCAACCAACGAAGGCACACAUAGCUGCCCAAAUCCACCAGCAUCCAGAACAGGAGGUUUUUGUGGCAGAGACCUCGGGAAAACGAUUGCAAUUCUCGUGUUCCGAGAUCUUAUUAUUGGUUGAUUGGUUCAACGUGAACAUUCUGCCUUUGGUGCCUAUAAUGAACCCAAUAACUUCGCCAACACUCGUGCUGAAGAAGUCGCCUCUGCUGUUCUGGUCCAUCGUGUGCAUAUCAUCUGUUUCCAUGAGAAGACUCACAGUCGACCAGUUGGCUGCACUUUCUGUUCAUAUCAACACGGCCCUGGUCCAGGCGACCUGGAUGUCCACUCCAAAGUCGGUGACGAUAGUGCAAGCGAUAUUACUUCUUUCUGCGUUUCCCGUGUUCUGCAUCCCUCUAGACGACGACCUGGAGGACCCAUGUUUCAGAUGGCUGGAACUGGCCAAGAAUAUUUGCUUACAGACUGGAGUAAACCGGGGCUCGCAGUUUGUCAACGAAUUCUCGAGGAGAAAGGACAUCUCCCCGCUGAAUGGUGAAGACUUUGAUAAUCACGGCCACCAUCUCACAGACGAGCAGAUCCGCGAUCGCAUAUGGGCGUAUGUAUUCAUUCUGGGAAACGAAUGUGGAGACAGACUGGGACUUCCCUGGGACCAAAGACCCGAUUCGCUCAUCGACAAACUGCGAGUGGGUGAUACGAGCAAGCAGACAACGUUCUUCCAGACGGCCUUGGAGACCCAGAUCGUCCACUCCAAAAUCACCGAGCAAUUGGGGAAAUCGUUCAGAAGUCCCUCUGGACUAAUCCAAAAUGCCCACGGAUUGUCGACGGCACUUUCUAUGUGGCAUUAUUUACUUCAUAGCCACAAGGAGAAGGUUAUGGGGCGGUUUGUCGGUAGCGACGUGGAAAGGAAGAUGGCGGAAAUUCGCAUCUACGAGUGCAAACUUCAUCUUUGUCUAUUUGGAGGCACACUAGACGGAGUCAAUGAAGACGAUGAGCUCAAUGAUAUUUCUGUGCGAAAGGCUCUUGAAGUGGCUCUCAAUAUUGAGAACGAGAUCACCAGUCUCGGCAGAGGCUACUGCUUGAUGCCCAUUGGAAUUCGUCAUGCUGCCGAAUUGGCUUCCCUGGUACUACUGAGACUGCUUUAUUUUCCAUUUGUGGUUCAAGAUCCACAUUUACAGACUUCUGUUUCCGAUUCAGUGAGACGGUUUUACCGAUUUUUCAGGGCUGCUAUGUCGGACCAGCUGACCGCAGCAUUGAACCCGAGCCUCAGACGUACCUUGAAACUUAUGCGUGAGGUCGAUAAUGCUGUUUUACGAAAUCCACGAGUAUUCUGGAAGAAUACAAGAUUACUCAAAAGUACGCAUGGACAUUUGUCAAUGAAUGUGUUUUACGAAAUCGAGUCGAUUGUCGACCCGUGUGCUGAACAGUUCAGAGACGAGCAAGAUGACCAGUCUUUUUUUCAACGUCUGGGAAUAAAGGGCAAGGGUCUGAUUGAACGGAUCAAAAACCCACAGCCGUUGCAUUUAUCUGAAGAGGAAAGACAAGACGAAGACGAGGACGAGGACGAAGAAGUCACCCCAAAGUUGCAUGAAGAAACGAACGAAGGACAGCUAAACGAGACGAUUGACGACUUGGUGAAUUUAGUUGGAAAAUCGCAGGAGGAGGAUAUUAGUGCUUUGAACAAGUUGCUGAAGCAAAUUGACUAG